AUGGCAGUGCCCACUGGCCCUGCAACGACAUAUGAUGAGCUGGCGGCGUACAUGGCCCAAUGCGCGAUCACGUUGGCAUCGUCUGGCCGCGAUGUACAGGAGGUGAUGGAGAUCCUCCGAUGUGCUCGGGACUCAUUUGAAGCAGUCCGGCGGUCGUCUGACGAGGACCGAGAGGAUGCAGAGGUUCAGCUGCUUCGAAAUCUCGCUCUAGUCAGUCAAGAGCUUGGACCUGUCCCCGAGCGACCAUCGUCGAAUCUCAUCGGCAAUGUUGGGGACGGGCACUCACCUUCCUUCUUGGCACAGGUGUUGAAAUGA